AUGGACACUGACACCGCCGCCGCCGUCUUCGCCCUUCCCACACCGCCGACCUCCCCCGAGAAGCCAGCAUCAGAAGAACCAACUACGCCAUCGCCGCCAUCACCGCCAUCGCCGCCAUCACCGCCAUCGCCGCCGCCGCCGCCGCCGCCCCCCGGCAAGCCCUUCGCCAUCCGCCCCUCCCCGACCGGCGGCCUCGGCGCCUUCGCCACCCGUCCCCUCCCCCCCGGCACCCUCCUCCUCGAGGAGGCCCCCCUCUUCACCUGCCGCCGCGCCGGCAUCUUCUUUGCCUUUUCCCGCCUCCGCCGUCGCCGCCAGCGCAAGGCCCUGUCCCUCCACGCGAGCGACCACUUCAAGCCCGGCACGCCCUGGCUCGAAGCCGUCUGGGACACCAACAGGUAA